AACUAGUGCGCUUGGUGCUGCGCUUUACACACGUAAUUCAAACACACAGAACGAAACGCUCAGCGAUCAGCGUUUUGCCACGGCCUCCAGAGUUCCUCCUGCUGCACACAAAUACACUGAGACACCUACACACGCACACACAGAGACUAGCGAGAAGGGGGGAGACACUUAUACAUGACAAAUGGCUAAAAUAAAAAGAAAAUGAACGAAAUAAAGGAAAGCAAAAUCAGAACGCGCGACACUCGACACUGGACCAGACAGUUAGACACCAAUACUAACAAUACUGACAGUAAAAUAAUUAAUUAUAUAUUUUAGCUUCAAGGCUGAUCAUCAACACACACACACACGCACACAUACACUUGACAAAUUAAACACACAACAGCUGGAGCAAAAAAAAGAGAGAGAAAAAAUGAAAUCGAUCAAAAGUGAAAACUCUGUGCAAAUACAAAAAAAAAAAAAAAAAAAAUACAUCAAAUCUAUAAAAUAUUACUAUAAUUCAAGUAAAAAGUGCUGACAACAAAUGCCAUGUAACAUAUAAUUAUUUUGCAAAUCAAAAGAAAAGAGAGAAACUAACUUAAAAACGUUGAAAGUGCGCGGUAUAUCGCCAAUGGAAUUUCUUUUGGUCUCAAAAUGGAUCCAUCGAAUCUGGCUUUCGGAUUUCCAGGGUUGCCAGGCCAUGGCCAUAUGCCCAUUCCGCCCACGGCCAAUAUGCUGGGCACCCACGGACAUCCAGCGCCCACAGCAAGUCCGCCGCAAAGCGUCCCGGGGAGACGCACACCUCUAGGCUCGGUGGGACUGGGAGGCUUCUAUGCCCAGGGACUGGGGAUGAGCAGCCAACCGCCAACGGAUGAGAACAAGCCGGGACCAAGUGCACCCGAGAAGCCUUUAAGCCCGACGGCAGCAGCGAUUGCGGCAAUUAGCGGUGGCACCACCACCGCAGCCAUGGCCAGUGUGUCAAGCGGUGGCCCAGGAGGAAGCGGAGCUAAUGGGGGCAAGCAAAAGAACCGACAAGGAAAGACGGUGCGACUGAACAUUAAUGCCCGGGAGCGCAGAAGAAUGCACGAUUUAAACGAUGCGCUGGAUGAGCUGCGCAGUGUGAUUCCUUAUGCGCAUUCUCCCUCGGUGCGUAAACUGUCGAAGAUUGCCACCUUGCUGCUGGCCAAAAACUACAUACUAAUGCAGCAGAAUGCCCUCGAGGAACUGCGGAGACUCCUUGCUUAUAUACAAAGCACCACGGGAGCUGCUCCUUUGGAUUUGGGGGCUUUCCCGGCUGCCGCCAAGUUGCAGGCCUUGCUGCAAGGACCUCAUAAUGAUCCGCCCACCAGCAGCAACAGCUAAAUAAGCGAAUUGUCCCCCUUUUGGGAUAUGAUAAGCAAUUGAGUGAAGCAAUACGCACAUAAUGUUUAAGAAGUCAAUUUGAAGAGCCAAAGUAUUUGUGUACUAGUCAUGAUUGAGGUUGAGAAUCUGUUAAGUGAUAUUUAGUUCUUUUAUAAGCAUUUCUUUUGCGCAUUUCCCAUAAUGUCUGCAUACUUAGUUCUAAGUCGAAUAUAAUCAGUACGAGUAAUAAAACGAACAAAACUAAUUUGAAA